AACCUGUUCUGUCACCCUGUGACAUCAUCACCAGGGGACUCCUCCCUCCCUCCUCACCUGCCUCCACUAGGCUAUAAAGGACCUCUGUUUCCGUGCCAGCAUCACUUAGUUACAUCACACCCCCCACACAGAGAGAGAGGGGAGUGGUCAUACACACGAGCAUCACAAGGAAGAACAUAGAACACAAAGAACCUAGGACAAAGUUCUGGACUGAAUCCUCUGUUCAUUCUUUGUGCUGAAUUCUGGAAUCUCAGCAGGUUCUAGAAUCUCUUAAUUGAGUCACAUCCUCAUUCCUCCAGGUAGGUCAGGUGUAUGAUAGAGACGCACUCAGGAAGCCAGCAUGUCGAUGGGCAUGGAGAUUGUGGGCAUCGCCCUGGGAGUCAUAGGAUUCAUCCUGGGCAUCGUGGUCUGUGCCAUGCCCAUGUGGAAGGUGACAGCCUUCAUCGGAGCCAACAUCGUCACAGCCCAGACCAUCUGGGAAGGGUUAUGGAUGAACUGUGUGACCCAGAGCACGGGACAGAUGCAAUGUAAGAUCUAUGACUCCAUGCUGGCCUUACCCCAGGACCUGCAGGCUGCCAGAGCCAUGACUAUCAUCGCCAUUGUCCUGGGGAUUCUAGGGGUGAUGGUCUCCAUCGUCGGAGCCAAGUGCACCAACUGCAUCGAGGACGAACCCUCCAAAGCUAAAGUCAUGAUCAUCUCCGGAAUCUUCUUCAUCCUGGCCGGUAUCCUCAUCCUUAUCCCUGUGUCCUGGUCGGCCAACACCAUCAUCCGAGACUUCUACAACCCCCUUUUGGUGGAGUCCCAGAGGAGGGAGCUGGGAGCCUCACUCUACAUCGGCUGGGGGUCGGCGGUCCUGCUCCUUAUCGGAGGAGCCAUGCUGUGCUGCACCUGCCCCCCCAAGGAGGAGAAGAGGUACAAGCCCCCCCGCAUGGCCUACUCCGCCCCUCGCAGCGUGAGCGGGGGCACAGCGGGAUACGACAGGAAGGACUACGUCUGAGAGGCACUAUUUCACUGAAUGGAGGGAAGAAAAUAUAGAGGUGCAGUAGAAAGAAGAGUGAUAGAGGAGAGGUAGAAAGAUAGAGGGUAUCUCUAUCCUGAACAUUGCUGUGUUUGUUUGCUAUCCGACAGGGAAAAACUAGGAGACAAAACUCCUACUGAAAAGACUCCGAUAUGAAGGGAUGUGUGUUUUAAUGUUACUGCUUGGCUUUUCCUCCGCUUGGGUGUCUCUGUUCAGUGUCGUUCUUCAGCUUUAUAUAGGCUUGUGUGAAGUAGAGGCCGUCAGACGCAGAUACUGUACAUACAAUCCCAAAGGGGUAGGUUGAUUACUGGUAAUGACUGGUUUAUAGAAUAGUUUCAAUUGUAGUUGUUAUUCAUUCAUUUCAAACUUCAGAUGAUAAACCAAAGCCCUUUUGUUUCAGCAAGCCUUACUGUUGAAGGGUCUUGGUUUUCAAGUACUUGGGAGAAAUGCUAUAGUUACAUAGUAUGUGGGCUCAUAUUUCUACUGCAGUAUGGAGGUCCCUAUUACGUGUGUAGUUUGCUGUUGGCGAAGUGGGAUUUUGUUUCACUGAAACUUUCAGUUAAAAAGUUUCACUGUGUCUCAUUAACACAUCCCAGGAAGGACCAGCUCUGUUUUUACAUGGAUUUGGUUAUAUGAUUCAGUGUGUGUGUGCGUCUUUCACAUGCAUUUGGUUGUGAGAGAUUCUGCCUCAGGUCAUGAUAGUAUAGAUUCCUUCCUCUUCAGAUCUCCACUCUAUUUAGGCCUUUGUGUGUGUGUGUGUGUGUGUGUGUGUGUGUGUGUGUGUGUGCGUCUGUGUGCGUUGGUGUGUGGUGAAAUAAUAUUUGUUUAGUAAAAAAUAUAUAUAUAUAUAAUUAAUAGUUUUUUUACCCAUCCACCUCUUCGGAGGACACAUAUCUUUUUUGUUUUUUUUUACAGCUUUCUGCUACAUAUACAUACAUUUUACAUAUACAUAUUACAUACACAUUUUGCAUACACAUUUUACAGCAAUUAAUAGCUUUUUAAUGCUGAAUGUGCAUUUUAUUUUAUAGUAAGAAAAUGUUUACCAUCAUUUGUAAAGGAAUAAGACUAUGUAUAGACGAAUUAUAGUUAGGAGAGUGAUGGUAAAGCAGGACCAUUGUCUGACAUAUGGAGUCAGUCUGUCUCCUGUUUAACAAAUCAACUGUAAGAACUGUUUGGUGACCAGGGAGUAGUACACCUGAAUGAUGUGUGUGUGUGUGUGUGUGUGUGUGUGUGUGUGUGUGUGUGUGUGUACAUAGAGGGUGAGAGACUACCUAAUAAAAGGCAUCUGUGUCUAUGGUCUUGAUUUUCAACUGAAGGCAAGCAGUCAGGUUUACCUGCAACCGCCCAUAUAGUCACAAUGGACAGCUUCUGUUGUUGGCUUUUAUUUGAAAUAAGUCAGGCAUUUUUGUUUUUUAUGAAAAUACUGAAAAGUGCCUAGUUUCAAUACUUAUUGUUUGAUUGAAUGUUUAUUUUGUAAAUUGUCUUUAUAUAUGUUAAGACAACAAUGCUUGAACGAUGUUUUGUGUUUUACAAUGGGCUGCUUUUCUUUGCAUUUCAACUGUGCUUUAUUUACUGUAUUUUAAUAAAUGUGAAAAUGUA